CCCGCCGGACCCGGGCCGCCAUUGUUCCGGGCCAGGAUGAGCGCGGUGUUGCGGCAGGCGCUGUGUCUGAAGAAGGAAACCUUGCUGAAGCAGGCGUUUGCGCUCAGCCGCCCUUAUCCCGGACCAGCGAGAAGAGCAGCAACGCCCCAGGAAAGCCGUCUGUGUGCUGCAGGUGAUGCACUUGUGAGUUGCCACAGACACUACAGAGCCCAUCCUACACAUGGCAUUGGGAAGUUUAAAUAUCUGCUCCCAAAGGAGGCUCCAAAGAAGAGAAAGGAUAGAAUACAGAUGAAAGAGAUCAAUGUUGGGACUGAAUAUGAGUACGGAGACGUCAACAUUCAGAUGACUUCCUAUGAUAUGUGUCUCGUGGAGCAUUUUGCUGGAUAUGUGCAUAAACUCUGCAACCGACUCUCCAUUAGGGUCAAUGAAAGCUAUGCGAUGCCCACCAAGACCAAUGAAGUGCUGUUCUUGGAAGAGCGAGGUUCCAAAAUGCAGCUGGAUGCAGUCCUUACUACCCAUCAGAGGGUUGUCCAGAUCAGUGGUUUGAGCUCGACAUUUGCUCCAAUACUCUUGGAAGUUAUUCAGAGUAAUCAGCCUGAAGGGGUCCAUCUGUUAGUGAAAGAGCACACAGAAACAGAUUUCAAGAUCCGAUUAAAGGCUCGACCAGAACUUGAAGAGCUGCUAGCACAGAUGAACUGAGAUGAGGAAGAAUUAUCCAUCCAUUUCAGAGCCAUGCCUGGGAAACGGAAGCUUCUCCUGCGUGGCUGCGUGAGCCUCCAGGAAGUGACUGUGAGCACUGUACUUACAAGUUUGUGGCUUGGAAGAAAUUUGCACUGUCAUAGGGCAUCUUCUUUUAAUAAAAGACAAAUGCGUGUG